UAAUCUAACCUACGCAUGCUUGUCUGUCUCCUAUUUGCAGAGGAGGGCAUCAAUCACGAGUGCAAGCUGUGUAACCAGAUGUUUGACUCACCUGCCAAGCUGCUGUGCCACCUGAUAGAGCACAGCUUUGAAGGCAUGGGUGGUACCUUCAAGUGUCCCGUCUGUUUUACAGUGUUUGUGCAGGCCAACAAGCUCCAGCAGCAUAUUUUCGCCGUGCACGGCCAGGAGGACAAGAUCUACGACUGCUCCCAGUGUCCGCAGAAGUUCUUCUUCCAGACAGAGCUACAGAACCACACACUGAGUCAGCACGCGCAGUGAGACCGGGGCCCGGCGGGAUCCCUCAGCUCAGCCGCGCCCCCGACCCGGAGCCGGCGGGGGACCCCCAUCUCCACAUCACAGCCAAUCAAAGUGUCAUUUGCUACUCACAUGUAAAAGUGUAACGAUCGCGCGACUGGGCGCGGCCAUUAGGAGCAGCGGGGGGACGGAAUAUUAAUGGGAAAUGCUAUUAAAUAAAGAAAAGGGGAAAGUGGGAGAGGAGAACUGUAGGAGCGACGUGACGGGAGGAGAAGGGUGAACAAAGGUAUUGUACGUGCAGUAUUUUUUAUUGUCCCUGCCAAAACCCCCUCCUCCAACCAGCCGCCACCUGACUCAUGCUUUUUAUUUUAUUUCUCAACAAGCAGAACAAAAAACAAGUUUUUUUUAUUAUACUUUUGGUAGAUUGUAGGAAAAGCAUCACUUUGUCGUCCUCUCAGUUGCCUCUUGUACUCACAAGUCUUCAUUUCCUUUCCUUUUUUUGUCUUUUUUUAGCUUUCUGCCUUUAUUUGAAGUAUUUUAUUUCUUGCGGUUAGUAGGUACUCGUGCUGUGUUGUGAUUGUUUGCCAGUCGUAAUAUUCCUGACCCCGCCCACAACCUUUCCUUUUUAUGAUUGUUAUAUAUAUUUUCUCCCUUUUUGUAAUUACUAUUAAAAAAAAAACAUGAAAACAAAAAUAAAGUGCAGAAAAACAUACAGAUCUUUUCUUUCGUUUCUUUUUUCUGCUCUUUUUUUUUUUAUUUGGGAUUUCCAGACAUGGAGCCUGUAAUGGUUACUGUAAAAAUAAUUAUCAAUGAUUUCAGUGAGUCUGGUCAAAGACCAGUUUUUAAAUGUGAAUUAACCAGAUUGCAAUAAUCUAGUACAGAAAAAAAAAACAAGAAAACAAAUAAAUAAAAGAGAAAUAAAGAA